GCGAGAUUUGGGUCUUGUGAUCUCGGGUGAAGAUGGCGGCUCCGCCUGACGAGCAGAGCUUAGAGUCCCGCAUCAACAAGGCUACCAACCCUUUAAAUCGAGAAACUGACUGGGAGAGUAUUCAACUGUUCUGUGACCAGCUCAGCAAUGAACCUGAAGGUCCCCAGUUGGCCACCAGGCUUCUUGCUCACAAGAUUCAGUCCCCUCAGGAGUGGGAGGCCAUGCAGGCACUCAUGGUUCUAGAAACCUGUGUGAAGAACUGUGGGAAAAGGUUCCAUAAUGAGGUGGGGAAGUUCCGUUUCCUGAAUGAGCUCAUCAAAGUGGUUUCCCCUAAGUAUCUUGGUUCUCGAGCCCCAGAACCAGUGAAGAAAAAAGUUUUAGAAAUGAUGUACAGCUGGACUGUGAGUUUACAAGAAGAGACAAAGAUUUUGGAUGCUUAUCAGAUGCUUAAGAAACAAGGUAUUAUUAAGCAGGAUCCAGAUCUUCCUGUUGACAAGCCCUGUCCUCCUCCACCGCCUAGGCCCAAGAAUGCCAUCUUUGAGGAUGAGGAGAAAUCAAAGAUGUUGUCCCGUCUUCUGAAUAGCUCUCACCCUGAGGACCUACGGGCAGCAAACAAACUCAUCAAAGAAAUGGUCCAGGAGGAUCAGAAGCGUAUGGAGAAGGUGUCGAAAAGGGUAAAUGCUAUUCAGGAAGUAAAGGAGAGUGUUGGGCUUCUCUCUCAACUACUGGGAGAUUACAACAAAGAGAGCAGCUCACAAAGCAAUGAAGAGCUUAUUAAGGAUCUGUACCAACGCUGUGAGAAAAUGAGACCCACUCUCUUCAGACUGGCUAGUGAUACUGAGGACAACGAUGAAGCUCUCGCUGAGAUCUUGCAGGCGAAUGACAGCUUAACACAGGUGAUCAAUCUGUACAGGCAGCUAGUGAAAGGGGAAGAGGUGAAUGGAGACACCGUCAAUACAGCCAGACUCCCAGGCAGCAGUACCGCUUUGUUGGACCUGACAGGACUGGACACAUCCCUUUCAGCUCAGUCUUUCUCUGAAUUUCCCUCUCAGACACCAUCUUCACAGGAGCUGGGCUUCAGUCUUCUGGAUGAUGAGCUCAUGUCCCUGGGCUUGACUGAAGUCAAUUCACCUUCCCAAUAUGGAGAUGAUAUGACGUGGAAUACUUUUCAGUCAUCAGAUUCUGUGGAAGCUCCCGUAGCGCCAGUCCCUGCAGUGCUGUUGCCAGUGGCAAGUGCUAACAAGACGCCAGUAACUGUGCCUGUGACAUCCACUAAAUCCUUAGACGAGUUAGACCUGUUGGGAAAGACCCUGAUGCAGCAGUCUCUACCCCCAGAAAAUCUUCAAGUCAAAUGGGACAAGCUUCAGUCUCAGUCCAAACCCACACUACGAGACCUUCAGAUCAAGUCUGGAAAUAACUCUGCUACAACCCCCAGCCCUGUGUUGGCCUUUUCCUCUGAGCCAGGAGCUCUGCUGAAUUCACAGCUCACAGCAGGCAUCACUCCAGCCUCUACCCCUCAGGAUGACAUAUCAUUGGUGAAUCUGACUGUGCCCCUGGAGUCUAUCAAACCUAGUAGUUUGUUACCCGUGACAAUCUUUGAUAAACACAGCCUGCGAGUUUUGUUCCAUUUUGCAAGAGACUGUCCACCAGCCCGGCCAGAUGUUUUAGUGGUGAUAAUCUCCAUGUUGUCGUCUGCCCCUGUGCCCAUCACAAAUGUACGAUUCCAGUCUGCUGUUCCUAAGACGAUGAGAGUGAGGUUGCAGCCACCAUCGGGAUCAGAUUUACCAGCCUUCAACCCUUUAUUGCCCCCUGCCGCCAUAACACAGGUCCUGCUUUUAGCCAAUCCUCACAAGGAGAAGGUGCGGUUGAGAUACAAACUGACAUUUGAUUUAGGAGAAGAAUCCCACGAUGAGAGCGGAGAUGUAGAGCAGUUCCCUCCACCAGAGUCCUGGGGAAACCUUUAAAGAAACAGACUGAUUUCCUGCUAGCGGCUCCUCUGCUUCCUGAUGGCAGUUCAUAUCCAGACCAUAUCUCUCUCCUCUCCUUAAUGUCCAGAUGAGUGCUGAGAAAUGAAGUUCGAUUUUUAUUUUUAUUUUUUUAUUCCAGUUGUUCUAACUUUUUUCUUUCUUUUUGUUGUUUUCGGCCCUUUUUCUAUGAAGCUUUAAAUGUUUAAAAGUUAGAGAGAUGAGUUUUGUGGUCAUUUCUGACAUUAUUUCCAUGUGUGAAUUGAAAUGCUGGAGUCUCAGUCAGCUGUAAUGACAGACCAGGUGAAAUUUCACCACUAAUUGUUUCAUUUUUUCAUGGUGUUGAUUUAAUGUUUUCUGCACUUGCACACAUUUUUGAUCAUAUUUCUGUUAUUUGUGUGUUCGAUUGUAUUGUCAAGCUGCAUGUGGUUUUACUGGUAACACACCAAACUUGAAUCAGUUUCUCAGCAAGAAAUACUUAAACUAACUGAUCUAUAUUACAAAUCAAACAGCCCUUGAUUCAUUCAUUCAUUGUGAUUUUUGCAUCGUAUUAAUCAUGAUUGUCCUCAAUCCUAAAAUUGCCCUUGUUCUGUAAACUGUACUGCUCGAACUUCACGCUGAUGUCUUGUUUAUAUUUACCGUACGUGCCUAAUCAGAUUUUCUUUCUUGUUAAUGUGAAUGUAGACAUGCUUGUUUUUAAUUGGUAGAAUAACAUGAGCAUUUGCCCCUCGGGUCGACACUUUUGUUUUUUGAAUCCUAGACGGUUCCAGUUAGUCUGGUUUUUUUUUUAAUGCAGUACAGUUUAAUGAAUAAUAUUUUACCCUUGCCAUGCUUGUAUGAGAUAUCAGAAAAAUUCUGUACUCAGAUGAUGUUAACAGAAAUAAUUUGUUGAAUUGGAAUACUGUGGCAUCAGAAUUCUCGGCAGACUUAAAUUUAAAUUCUAGUGUGUGUGUGUGUGUGUGUCCCUACAGUUAAAGGUCUGUGAUGAAGCCAGCUGCAUUCCAGAUUAUGUCCUUCCAACCUGAAAAAAAGUGUAAAUAUCUGCAUUGCAAUUAUGUACAUUUGCCAAAAACGUAUACAGAGACUAAACAUAUGGAGAAGUGAAUGUAGUGCAAAUAUGUAUUUAAGGGAAAUAAAGUUAUUCUUUUUCUCUGGGGUUUAAAA